AUGACGUACCAUCUCUCCUAUCCUGGUCAGCGAUGUAUUAUCGAGUUUCUGGAGGCGAAUAAACGAAGCCCCGCUCUUCAAAAAGCAGAAAAAUCGAUACCAUUCAACUUGGACCAUGUUCAAAUCACUCUAUUCUCUUUGACACUAAACAAUAUCUGUAUCCAAAUUCACCCAGCGACAGAACAAAUCCCUGAAGACGAUCCUCGAUAUGAAAGUAGACCGGAUGACGUUAAAAUGCAACCUGGAUUUAUCAGAUCAGGACACUCUGACUCAGUAUGGCAUCGCCGGUUUCACGAAGUUGUUUUCUUUAGAAAUAGAGAACGGAUUGCUAGCAGACCUAUCCCUGAGAACGUAAAGGAUUACAUAGCACUGGAAAAGUUGUACCAGAUUAUGUUGGGAGGAAGGAAGGAUAUUCGAGUGAACAUGCUGGAAUUGGAAACAUACGGUUCUCGAGUUAUUCUUCGGUUACCUGAAGGUUUGAAUUUUCGGAUUAACGGACUUGACACAAAUAGAGAAGACUUCAAAUACUACCUUCCUCUUAUUGAUUCAUCGAGUUUUCCGCUGAAAAAACUAAAAAUCCCUUUCCUUGGAUCACAAAUCUUUGAACACCAAAUUGUUCAAAAUUCUGACUGUUUGACUAUUGACGAACUUUCGCUAAUCAAUGAUACUAUUCCAUUAAAUGAUAUAAGAAAGCUCACCAACAAAACUGCUGUAAUUCAGCACAGUAAAAUGAGAAUAGAAGAGAUGAUGACACUCAUCAGAAAUUGGUUGAGUGGCGAGAAGUCGAUUGGAACAACUUUAAUGUUGGAGAAGUCGUUCAUGCCGAUUAAUCAGGCAAUACUCAGGUCUAUUAAGGAAAUAUUCAAGGAGUUUGAAAACGACUUGGAGAAUGUUGAAGAGAAUUUCCUCCUAAACUGUCCCCGCUUUUGUAUUCCUAUCAACGAUUCGUCGAAUCUUCUGCUUUAUGGAAUCAGCAGAGGCAUUGUUAACAACAACAUAAAUUGGCCCGUCUCGGCAUUUGUUAUGAAAGUAGUUGCGACGACUCCAGAAGUGAUGCCAGGCAAUUGUCUAUUCGAGGAUGGUGCCCCACUUAUUCUCCCGUCUAUGAUCUUUGUAUUGUUUGCCUUCUCAUAUUUUUGUGGUCCGAGCACUAGUCCAUGA